CACGAGUCAAUGUAAAUAAAAAUAUUUUUUGUGUUGAUCUACAACUUUUGUAUCGGAAUAGAAAUGUUUCCACAGCCGCCGCAGCCUCCACGGCAGAAGAUACCUAAAGACGGCCCCGGGCCUAGGGGGGUGCCGGAUUGUUACUAUACGUCUCGAGUCCUAAACUCGACGUUCCGCUACGUGAAGUUUGUGAAGAAAUUGCGGGCACUUGAGGAAGAACAGAGGAAGGGCGCGGAGAACAAACUCAAGGAGCUGAAAGACAAACAGUGCAGUGACUUCUUCAUCAGAUGCGAUCGAAGAUCUCUUAUAAACAACGUAGCUCGUCGCGUGGACCUCUGCAUGCAGUCGUACCAAGAAGAUCUGAAAGAGAAAAGAAAGAGAUUAGUAGACCUAUUCGCGGUAGAAGAGGAAGCGAACAUUCGCAAGUUCGUCGAACAGGCCCAAGCGGGCGCCGAGGCUCUGUGGCAGGACAAGAAGGAUCGCCUGGCGUACCUCAUCGCCAAGCGGAAGAAGGAACACGAGGAGAGAUACAAGGACACGCCGCUCUCCAGAUGCGUCCACGUAUUACCCUGCAUCUACAAGCUGCGAGCUAAAGAAGCUGAAGAGAUCCAGCUGUACCAGAUCAAGGAGAAGGAAGCCAUGAAGCUGGCUGAAAAGGAAUUCGACAGGAUGUGGCACGAGGUCGCUAUGAAGGAGUCUGAUGCCUUGGCGGCCCGCAUGGAGCAAGACGCCAUAGAGCGUCUGCGCAAAGACAACGAAUGCAAGAUGUACACAGACAAGCAACUUGAGCAGAGAAGGAUCCAGCGUGAGCGAGAAAGGGAGAUGUUGAAGCAGGAGGCACUGAGAUUCCGCGCCAUGUGGGACGCUGAGAUCAAGAAAGAAGAAGAUGCCGAACGUCAACGCACCGAGCAGCGUCUAGAAACGGCCAGGGAGCGGAAGAAGAUGAUCGAGGAACGGCAAGAAGUCGUGGCCAGGCAGAAGGCUGAGGCCCAGCUCAUCAAUGACACGUGGGACUCGCUGGCCGGACAGGGCCGACAGGCGGAGAGGAACAAAGAAGAACUGAGAAGAAGAAAGGAGAGAGACCUAGACGCCUGCAACAAAAAGAUGGCGGAGCUCCGCGAAGAGAUGAUUCGUUUAGAAUCAGCUGACGACGCGCUGUUCGAGGAAGAAGCCUGGAGAAGACAGGAGAAGUUGGAUAAGAAGCGAUGCGAGUAUCUGGCGUGGGCGCAGAAGACUAACCGGGAUGUCCGCAAAGCGAUGAUAGACCAGAUCAAAGACCGGGAGAACGCUCGUGAAGUUCUGAAACAGAAGUUGGCCGAACAGGACGAGUACCAUAGACAACUGUUCACUCAACUCCAUGAGUUGGCCGCCCACAAGGAUGUGACGGACGCCCAGACUCGGAAACAACACCAGAGGAACUUGCUGGAUCAGAUUGAAUACAAUAAGAUGUUGAAGGAAAAGGCCAGGCAAGAGGAACUGGACCAAAUAAAGAAAUGCCAGAUCGCUAGCCAGGAGUAUGAGCAAGAAAUCGCUAGAAUGCUAUGCCGACCAUUCUUCAGCGAUGAAGUACAUCCCUUCAUGAAGCAGAUGGCUCAGGGUCUGAAGAUGCCGAAGGUCUGUCCCUGCUCCAAGCCCGACUAUUGCAAGAUUUGCAAGUGAACCUUAUUGUGAUUUUGAUAGAG